AUGGCAAACCUAACUCUUUUUACCAGCCUCUUGAAAUUUGGCCAUGUUGCAAGGAACGCCACUUCAACAACUCCUAGGAUUUUUUUGGCUACUUCCCCAAGAUGUAUUCAAGCAAGUUCAUCACAGCAAGACGCAGCUUCAGUAGCCAAUGAAGCUAGGAAUGCUGCUGAAAAUGUAACCCAGACGACCAAAGACAUGGCUGGCAAGGUGUCUGCAACAGCACAAGAUGUGUCUGAGAAGGCAAAGCAGACAGCGCAAGAUGCAUGGAGCCAAGCUAAGGGCACAGCCCAGAAGGCCGCAGACACGGUAGUGGGCAAGACCGAAGAAUCGAAAGAGUUCGUUAAAGAGAACGCAGAGCAGGUCAAGAAGAGCAUGAAUACCAAGAACAAGAACUGA